CUCUCUACAAAAAGAAGAUGAUGACUAUGAAGAUUUCUCAUCAAACAAAACCUGGGUGUUGACUCCAAAGGUUUAUGAGAGUGAUGUCACUCACAUUUUAAAUAGCUUGCUGGAUGGAUAUGACAACAAGCUGAGACCAGAUAUAGGAGUCAAACCAACUAUCAUUCACACAGACAUGUAUGUGAAUAGCAUUGGUCCUGUGAAUGCUAUAAAUAUGGAAUAUACAAUUGAUAUAUUUUUUGCACAAACCUGGUAUGAUAGACGUUUGAAAUUCAAUAGCACGAUGAAGGUGCUCAGGCUUAACAGUAACAUGGUGGGCAAAAUUUGGAUCCCUGACACCUUCUUUCGGAACUCAAAAAAGGCAGAUGCUCAUUGGAUAACAACACCCAAUCGAAUGCUUAGGAUCUGGAACGAUGGGAAGAUACUGUAUACACUAAGGUUAACUAUUGAUGCUGAGUGCCAGUUAAAACUGAACAAUUUCCCCAUGGAUGAGCAUUCCUGUCCUCUGGAGUUCUCAAGCUAUGGCUAUCCAAGAGAAGAGAUUAUCUACCAGUGGAAGAGGCACUCUGUUGAGAUUGGAGACACUCGAUCAUGGAGGCUUUACCAAUUCUCCUUUGUUGGCCUGAGAAAUACAACUGAGGUUGUGAAGACAACAUCAGGUAAAGCGAACCUUAAAGCGUCACAUUCACAGCAAAGCAAUCUGCAUUCCGGUCCUAAAUGAGCAAACACUGUGAAA